CCAUCUCUAGCUACCGCUUGCCCGGCAAUUUUGGCGGCAAAAUAUUAGCACAUCGCAUUAUUACAAAGAAGGAAGCGGGCAGAAAGUAGCGUUUGUUUAUCAAAGAGUCCUCAUUUCACAAUUUUUACCAAUCAAAAUGGAAGGCUUUGAUGAUGCGGGCGUGUUCUUUUCCGAUAAUUUUGGCGGAGAUAACCAAACAGAUGCGCAAAUCAACUUGCAGGCUGUAAAAAAGAAGUACAAAGAGUUUAUUCGCACUUUCAACGAGGAGAACUUUUUCUACAAAUAUCGCGACACUCUAAAGAGAAACUAUCUUAAUGGCCGUUACUUCCUUGAAAUCGAAAUGGAAGACCUGGUCGGCUUCGAUGAGGCCUUGGCGGACAAGUUGAACAAGCAGCCCACGGAACAUUUGCAGAUCUUCGAGGAAGCCGCCCGGGAGGUGGCCGACGAGAUAACAGCUCCCCGGCCGGAGCACGAGGAGCAUAUGCAUGACAUCCAAAUCCUACUCAGCUCCAAUGCAAACCCUACUAAUAUACGACAGUUGAAGUCAGACUGCGUCUCAAAACUGGUCAAGAUAGCUGGAAUUAUUGUCGCAGCGUCGGGAAUAAGUGCUAAGGCCACGCGGAUGUCCAUCCAGUGUCUGUCUUGCAACACGGUCAUUUCGAAUCUCAAAGUUAACCCGGGUUUGGAGGGCUAUGCUCUGCCCAGAAAGUGCAAUACUGAGCAGGCGGGCAGGCCAAAAUGCCCGUUGGAUCCAUUCUUCAUCAUGCCAGAUAAAUGCAAGUGCGUGGAUUUUCAAACUCUUAAACUGCAGGAGCUACCGGACUUUGUGCCCCAGGGCGAGAUUCCCCGCCACUUGCAGCUCUUCUGCGAUCGCUCUCUUUGCGAACGUGUGGUGCCCGGCAACCGUGUGCUCAUCCAGGGCAUCUACUCCAUCCGCAAGGUCGGUAAACCUUCUCGUCAGGAUGGUCGUGAGAAGGCCGUCGUUGGCGUCCGUGCCCCUUACAUGAGGGUGGUGGGCAUCACCGUCGAUUCGGAGGGUGCGGGUGCUAUCUCUCGGUACAGCAACAUCACAACCGACGAGGAGGAACACUUUCGCCGCAUGGCCGCCUCCGGAGACAUCUACGAGCGUCUUUCGCAGUCCUUGGCACCAAGCAUCUUCGGUUCGCGAGACAUCAAAAAAGCUAUUACUUGCAUGCUCUUUGGCGGCUCUCGGAAGCGUUUACCGGAUGGACUAUGCCGUCGUGGCGAUAUCAACGUAUUGCUGCUGGGCGAUCCUGGUACUGCCAAGUCCCAGCUUCUUAAAUUCGUCGAAAAGGUUGCUCCCAUUGCUGUCUACACGUCCGGAAAAGGUUCAAGUGCAGCUGGUCUCACUGCUUCGGUUAUGAAGGAUCCUCAGACGCGCAAUUUUGUGAUGGAGGGCGGAGCUAUGGUUCUGGCCGACGGUGGCGUUGUCUGUAUCGAUGAGUUUGACAAGAUGAGAGAGGACGAUCGUGUGGCCAUUCACGAGGCCAUGGAGCAGCAGACCAUUUCCAUUGCCAAGGCCGGCAUCACGACCACAUUGAACUCUCGCUGUUCGGUUUUGGCUGCUGCCAACUCAAUUUUCGGCCGAUGGGACGACACUAAGGGCGAGGAGAACAUUGACUUCAUGCCGACCAUCCUCUCCCGUUUCGACAUGAUUUUCAUAGUCAAGGAUAUUCACGAUGAGUCCCGGGAUAUUACGCUAGCAAAGCACAUCAUCAACGUGCAUCUGAGCUCAAACAAGUCUGCUCCUUCGGAACCUGCCGAGGGCGAGAUAUCGCUGUCAACCUUUAAGAAGUACAUCCACUACUGCCGCACCCACUGCGGUCCUAGGUUAAGCGAAGCAGCAGGCGAGAAGCUGAAGAGUCGCUACGUCCUUAUGCGCAGUGGAGCCGGACAGCAGGAGAAGGCUUCCGACAAGCGACUGAGCAUUCCCAUCACCGUGCGGCAACUGGAGGCUGUCAUCCGCAUCUCAGAGUCUUUGGCCAAGAUUCGCUUGCUGCCAUUCGCCUCCGAUGAGCACGUGAACGAGGCUCUUCGCCUUUUCCAAGUGUCCACACUGGACGCUGCAAUGACCGGAAGUUUGGCCGGCGCCGAGGGAUUCACCACCGAGGAGGACCAGGAAACCCUGAACCGCAUCGAGAAGCAAUUAAAGCGUCGUUUCGCUAUUGGAUCUCAAGUCUCGGAGCAGAAUAUAUUGCAGGACUUUUUGCGUCAGAAGUAUGAAGAACGCACAGUAAUGAAGGUAAUUCACACCAUGAUUCGCCGUGGAGAACUUCAGCACAGAAUGCAACGUAAGAUGCUUUAUCGCAUUUGCUAGUUACUGUUAAGCAUAUUAUCGCAUCGUUAAGUGUUUCAUCAAUCGUUCGUCAUGUUAAUUGUAUCUUCAUUUAUAAUACUAAGAAAAUCAUACAAUACCAAUAAAGACCAAUAAAGAAACUUAAA